AUGGUUCUGUUUGAACCUCGAUACGCGGGGCUGUCCUUCUAUGGUGUUAAGGGUUUGCCGAUGAUGCUGCCGAAGAGGCAGCGGCUCCAGGGCGAACGGGCCCAGAGCCCAGGAAGUAGCCGCAGCAGCAGCAACAGCAGCAGCUCUGCUGCUGCAGCAGCAACAGCAGCAGCAGAAGCAGCUGGCCCCUACCCUAUAAACCUGAAUCUUCCUCCCCUAACCCCUCGACCUUCCCAGCAGCAGCAGCAGCAGGAGGAGAGGUUGCUGCCUGUUGCAGGAGCGCGGCUGCCUGUUCCUCCUCUCCCUUCUGUUCUUUCUGUUCCUGCCUUGCUGCGUGCCCGCCAGGCAGAGGUUGCUGCUCUGCUGCAGCAGCUGCAGGAGCUGCCAAACCGUUAUCAGCAGCAACGACAGCAGCAGCAGCAGCAGCAACGCAUGCAUAAGCAGCAGCAGCAGCAAAAGCAGCAAUCUAAGCGUCAAAAGAAAGCACAAAAUGCAGCAGGAGCAGCAUCUGCUGCUGCAUCCUCUGAUGGUGCUACUUCCCCCAGAGAAGUCGAUACAACCGCAGCAGCAGCAACCCCAGCAGCAGCAGCAGCAGCAGCAGCAGCAGGAGCAGCAGCAAAGACAGGACCGUGCAGACGAGCCUUCCAGAAGCUUCCUCCAUCAGCGCGUCGCUCUCGUCGUCAACAGCGUCGUCUAUCGGAGCUCUUGAAGCAGCGUACAGCUCCGUUCCCCUUCCCCCCCAACAGCAGCAGCAGCAGCAGUUGCAGCAGCAGCAGCAGCAGCAGCAGCGGGAAACUGCGUUGGCUACAGACGCAUGCAUAUCAUGUACGACGCUUCCGCAUGCUUCCUCUUUGGGGCUUUAGUCUUCCCUUACGACCAUCGCAGCGCAUGCAGAGGCAGCUGCAGCGAGCAGCAAGACAGCAUGCAACUAUACAUGAUGCUUCUUAUUAUUCUAUUAUUGAGCUACAGGGGCCCCUCGUGCUGCUGCUGCUGCUGCUGCGACGCUGCGGUGCUGAUGCUGCUGUACUCAGCAACAAAGCUAUACGUGCAGGUGCGCAGCAGGGACGCAUGUUACUGCUGCAGCAACCGCAGCAACAGCAGCAACAGCAGCAGCAGCAGCAGCAGCAGCAAAAAGCUACACUUAUUGCACCUUGUGAUUUCUUCUUUAAGGCUGCUGCAGCAGAUGAGACAAAUCGUACCCUUUGGGUGUCUGUACACCCUGCAGCAGCAGCAGCAGCAAAAGCAGCACUUGCUGCAGCAGCAGAAUCCUUGCGGCCACCGGGUUGCUGGUGCUUCUUACGGUCCCUAUCCUCACCACCAGCAGCAACAAAUACAGCAGCAGCACUAACAGCAACAGCAGCAGCAGCUGCAGCAGCAGACGCAGCAGGUUGUACCUGCGGCCUUGGGGUGUAUAUACAGCUGGUACCCAAUAUAGCUAGAUUUGAGUUAAGGGGCCCCCGCUCAUUAAGGGCCCUUGGGUUAGCAUUAAAGGUUGUACGUCCUGCUGCUGCUGCUGCGGCUGCUCCUCCUGCUGCUGCUGCUGAGGGUAAUGGUGGUGGUGGUGGUGCUGCUGCUGCUGCUGUCGGUAUGGCUGCGGAUGAUCCCCCAGCGACAUCAGCAGCAGCAGCAGAAGCAGCAGCACAGACAGAAGCAGGACAAACAGCAGCAGAAGCAGCGGCAGCAGCACCAGAAGCAGCGGAAGAUGCUGUUGGUGCACAAGCAUGUUAUAUGCUAUGGAGGGCGCUGCUGCAGCACGAGCUGCAGCAAGGCUGCUGCCCCCCGCUGCCUGGUGGGUGUCUCCUAAGUUUAGAGACACUGUCUCCUUCCUUAAUGGGCCCUUUUCCUCCUCGUUGCCGCAGGCUGCUGCGUCGUGCUGUUGCUGCUGCUGCGGUUGCUGCUGCUGCUGGCGGUACUGCUAGUGCAGACUUUGCAAAAGCAGACGCAGCAGGAGCAGCAGCAAGAGCAGCAGCAGAUGCAGCAGCAGCACAAAGUAUGACACCUAAGGCUGCUGUUGCUGCUGCUGUUGCAGCAGGAAGGGCGCUGCCUCCUCCUGCUGCUUCGCGCCUGUUUUCUCCUGCUGCUGUUGCUGCUGCUGCUGCUGCUGUUCCCUUCAAGGUUGCUACUCGCAGCAGGAAGAGGCCAGAGAUACGGGCUUUGCUGCAGCGGCUGCAGCAGCGCAGCGAGCAGCUGCAGCGGGAACGGCAGAUGCAGCAGCAGCAGCAGAAGAAGAAGCAAGCGCAGCAGCAGCAGCAACAACACCAACAACCGAAGCAAAAGCAGCAGCAGCUGCAGGUGCUGCAGGUGCUGCAGCAGCAAUCCAAACAUCAGCAGCACCAGCUGCUUGGUGCAGCAGCAGAAAUGGGAGCUGCAGCGGGAAGGAAAGCAGCAGGCACGUCUGGUGCAGCUGCAGCAGCAGCAGCAGCAGCAGCACUUGCUGCUGCUACUGCUGCUGGGUCUGCCAGUGCUGCAGCACUUGAAGAUGAGGAAGACUUUGGGUGUCCUCUCCCCGUUGCUGCUGAGGCGGAGGCAACAACCUCUGCAGCAGCAGCAACAGCAGCAGCAGCAGCUGGCACUGCCGGUGCUGCUGCUGUGGGUGUCGUGGAGGCGGCAUCAACGGAUGCUGCUGCUGCUGCUGGCAAUUUGAGUGCUCCUCUGUGUCUUCCUUCUGCUGCAGUAGCUGCAACUGCUGCAGGCGCAGCAGCAGCACCAGCAGCAGCAGCAGCAGCAAAGCGUACCACGGUUCCUGUGUUGCUGAUAUCUCAUGGGGGUUUUGUAUCACAAGGAGCUGCAGGCCUUCUAGGUCCCAACAUGGACAGCAGCAGCAGCAGAGGCAGCAGCAGCAGCAGCAGCAGCAGCAAUGGGUUUGAUUUGCUGCUGCCUGCAGGGGCAGGUGCUGCUAGGCUGUUUGUGCUGCUGUGUAGGUUAGGGGUUGUCCCUAUAGGGUACAACGACAGGAGGAAGCAUCUGUUGGAGGCAAGCAGCAGCAGCAGCAGCAGUAGCAGCAGCAGCAGCAGUAGCAGCGACUUCCCCUUUGGGUUCCCCGAUACUGCAGCAGGAACGCAUGCAGCACUCUGCUGCGCCUGGCAGCAGGAGCUGCUGCACCUCCGUAGGCCCCCUAGCUGCCGCUGCAGCUACACAGUAAUGGCAACAAAGUGUCCCUUCUUGCCUCUAUGGAGACAGGUGCAGCACAUGCCCCUGCAGCAGCAGCAGCAGCAGAAGCAGCAGCAGCAGCUGCAGCAGCAGGGCAAGCAGAAUAAAGAGCAGGAGAGGGAAAGAGAAGACGAGCAGCGGGAGGAGCAGUUGCUGCUGCAGCAAGCUGUCGUUGUUGCAGUGGGAGGAAGCAAGCAGCAGCAGCAGCAGCAGCACCUGCAGCAGCAGCAGCACCGUCGUUUGUAUGGCCCUUCUUGCUUCUUACCCCCAAGGUUGCUGCCGCUGCUGCUGCCGCCACCGCAGCCCAAUAGACGAGAGAUGCAGCAGCAGCAGCAGCGAGCAGCAAACCUGCUGCAUGUACCUAUGCCGGUGCCACGGGGGGAUUUGCUGCAGCUGCUGCCUAAGCUGCUGCUGCCUCCUCCUGCUGUACGCAUGCUACCUGUGCAGAUGCUGCGGCUCUCCCUAUUCCUUCAACAGUUCCGCAAGCAGCAGCAGCAGCAGCAAAAACAGCAGCAGCAGCAGAAGCAGCAGCAGCAGCAACAGCAACACGCGCAGCAGCAGCUACAGGCUUUGCUGCAAGCAGCAAGGAAGGAGAGAAGUAUGGGGCCAGCAGAUGAAUUGCCUCUUGUCUUCCUAUGGGGUCUGCAGCAGCUGCUGCUGCCUCUGCAGACAGCGGCGGGCAGCAGCAACAACAGCAGCAGCAGCAAUAGCAGCAGCAGCAGCAACAACAACAACAACACGAGUAGCACCGGCAUCUGUAGCCGUAAACAGCCAUAUCCUGCUACACCGUCAACUAAGGAAGCUUUGCCUUCUAUUUCUUCCGCCAUACACCUGCGGCCUGCUCUUGUCCCCUUGCUGCAGCGCAGCAGCAGCAGCAACAGCAGCAACAGCAGCAGCAGCAACAACACUGGCGGCAGCCUACACUUGCAGCUGUUGGAGCCUCUGCACGGGAAGGCAUGCAGACGCCGCUUGGUGCAGCUGCGGCAGCAGCAGCAGCAACAGCAGCAGCAGCAGCAGGGCAACAGCACAAAUAAACAGCAAAGACAGCAGAGGAAUAGACCUGUGGGGAAGGAGCGGAGAAGACUGCCGCCAAUGCAUGCGCAUGCAGCAGCAGCUGCUCCUGCUGCUCCUCCUGCUGCUACUCCCCCUACUGCUGCUCCCGCCGCUGCUGCUGCUGCUCCAGCUCCUGCUGCUGCUCCCGUUGCUGCUGCUGGUCCCUCAGCAGCAGCAACAGCAGCAGCAGAAUUCCCUUGCAAAGCACCGGAUGCAUGCAGGCCUCUUGUUGGUUUUGUUAUUGCUGGUGGUCCUAUUCCUUGGGUCCCUUCCUGUGUUGCUAGUCCUACGAAUUUAUCUCUUCUUUUCUUUAGUCGUAAUAUUCAUGGCAAGACAUAUAGGCCUGUAUGGGUGAACUACACCCUUGAAUAA